AGCACAAUAUAAGCCCGUUCAGGCCCAACCGUACGGCAACCACCUCCGAUCCCCUCUCCUCACUCCGUCUCGGCGGCGGCGGCGGCGGCGAGGCGUCUCCGACGAAAACCCUAGCAUCCCUCCCCCCACCUCGCGUCUGUCUACGAAGCCAUGGAGAGGCGAGAUCGCGGCGGCGGAAGCAGCAGCAGGAAUCCUCAUGGAGCUCCGGUGGAAGAGGAGGAGGAGCUGGAGGAUGAUUUUGAUGAGUUCCGGCUGCCCAUGAGCCACCGCCCCACGGAGAACCUCGAGACGGAGGGGCUGGAGCAGGCGUCCGUUGACACGCAGCUCACCUCCUCCAACGUCGGAUUCAGGCUGCUCCAGAAGAUGGGGUGGAAGGGCAAGGGGCUCGGCAAGAACGAGCAAGGUAUAACAGAGCCAAUAAAAGCUGGUAUCAGAGAUGCAAAAUUGGGUGUGGGGAAGCAAGAGCAAGAUGACUUCUUCACAUCAGAAGAUAAUGUGCAAAGGAGGAAAUUAAACAUAGAGCUUGAGGAGACUGAAGAACAUAUAAAGAAGCGCGAGGUCAUAGCAGAACGCGAGCAGAAAAUACGUAGUGAGGUCAAGGAGAUACAGAAGGUGUUCUUUUGCAGUCUCUGUAACAAGCAGUACAAAUUGGCGCAUGAAUUUGAGUCUCAUUUGAGCUCAUACGACCACAAUCAUAGGAAGAGGUUCAAGGAAAUGAAAGAAAUGCAAAGCAGCAGCAGCAGCAGCCGUGAUGACAGGCAGAAACGUGAGCAGCAACGAGAAGAGAAGGAGCUGGCAAAAUUUGCUCAACUUGCUGAUGCUCAUAGAAAGCAGCAGCAGCAGAAGCAAGAACCAUCAGAGAGCUCAUCAGAGAGAAUUACAAUGAAGAACUUGCCUAACCCUUCAAAUCAGGAUCAGCGUAAAACCUUGAAGUUUGGCUUCUCCAAAAUGGCUCCUUCCAAGGCUCCAGUUGGCAAUGUAAGCAAGAAACCUAAGGUUGCUACAAAAAUGUCAUCGGUUUUUGGCAAUGAAAGUGACGAAGAAUCAUGAUCUUUGCCCGCCCAAGAGUGAUUGCACUGAAGGAAAUGGUCCUGUAGAAGAGAAUUAAUUUUGGGAACAUGCCAUGCCAUGAUCUUGUCACGCUCUUUAAUCCUGAUGUGGAUGGUGGCAUCUCCUGCGUUCUCAUAUGAACAUGAAAUGUUGAAAUGUUAAUUGUAUGGAGUCGAGGGUACAUUGGAACAGUAACUCAGUUUCCCCUACACAUGCUGGAUAUGGAACUUUUGAUUCGUACAUUCUGUCUUAAGGGCUCAGACAAAGCCCAUGGGACACCUUUGUAUUAUUGUGUUGGCUUUUAUUUAGUACCUUUCAAUUCAGACCUGGGAUUGCAUCUGGGUAACUCGUGGUCUGGAUCAUGUCUGGCAAAAUUUCUAGAAAGCUUGUCCUUGAGGGCACUAUUCAACUGUAGCUGGUUCCUUGCCUUGGUGUAUGAACAGUUGAACACUUAACGAAACCGCCGGUUGUUUUUCA